GGUCAAACUGAGGGAGGGGUCAAACUGUGGGUUGCUGAAGGCUGAGGAGGCUUUGGAUCCUUGGGUGAGAGGGGGUGUGAGGAGCGAAAAGGUGAAGCUAGCUGGAGGAGGGGACGCGGUGUCCGGUGCCCCCAGUCUAUGGAGCGGGGUAAGAUGGCGGAGGCGGAGAGCCUGGAGUCGGCGGCGGAGCACGAGCGGAUCCUGCGAGAGAUCGAGAGCACCGACACGGCCUGCAUCGGGCCCACGCUCAGGUCUGUCUAUGAUGGUGAGGAACAUGGACGAUUCAUGGAGAAGCUGGAAACUCGCAUCCGUAAUCAUGACCGAGAAAUUGAGAAAAUGUGCAACUUUCAUUACCAGGGCUUUGUGGACUCCAUUACUGAACUGCUGAAAGUGAGAGGAGAAGCCCAGAAACUCAAAAAUCAAGUGACGGAUACUAAUAGAAAACUACAACAAGAGGGAAAGGAACUGGUGAUAGCAAUGGAAGAACUGAAGCAGUGUCGUUUACAACAAAGAAAUAUUUCUGCCACUGUUGAUAAAUUAAUGCUGUGUCUUCCAGUCCUAGAGAUGUAUAGCAAAUUGAGGGACCAAAUGAAAACUAAAAGGCAUUAUCCUGCACUGAAAACUCUGGAACAUCUAGAGCAUACCUAUCUGCCUCAAGUAAGCCACUAUCGAUUCUGCAAGGUGAUGGUGGACAACAUCCCCAAGCUUCGAGAAGAAAUAAAGGAUGUUUCUAUGUCUGAUCUCAAAGAUUUUCUGGAGAGCAUCCGCAAGCAUUCAGACAAAAUUGGAGAGACUGCCAUGAAGCAAGCUCAGCAACAAAGAAACCUGGAUAACAUUGUCUUGCAACAGCCUAGAAUAGGCAGCAAGAGAAAAUCUAAGAAAGAUGUGUAUACAAUCUUUGAUACAGAGAUGGAAAGCACUAGCCCCAAAUCUGAACAGGAUUCAGGAAUUCUGGAUGUUGAAGAUGAGGAAGAUGAUGAGGAGGUACCUGGAGCUCAAGAUUUGGUGGAUUUCUCUCCUGUUUAUCGAUGUCUACAUAUAUAUUCUGUCCUGGGUGCCCGGGAAACAUUUGAGAACUACUACCGAAAACAGAGGAGAAAACAGGCCCGAUUGGUGCUGCAGCCUCCGUCAAACAUGCAUGAAACUUUAGAUGGAUACAGGAAGUAUUUUAAUCAAAUUGUAGGCUUUUUUGUGGUUGAAGAUCACAUUUUACAUACAACCCAGGGCUUAGUAAAUAGAGCCUACAUUGAUGAACUAUGGGAAAUGGCACUUUCAAAAACCAUUGCAGCACUCCGUACCCACUCGUCUUACUGCUCUGAUCCAAACCUUGUGUUAGAUUUGAAGAACCUCAUUGUGCUUUUUGCUGAUACACUCCAGGUAUAUGGUUUUCCUGUAAAUCAACUUUUUGACAUGCUCUUAGAAAUCAGAGACCAGUAUAGUGAAACCCUGCUGAAGAAGUGGGCGGGCAUUUUCAGAAAUAUACUUGAUUCUGACAACUACAGUCCCAUCCCAGUAACAACUGAAGAUAUGUAUAAAAAGGUAGUAGGACAAUUCCCAUUCCAAGAUACAGAGCUGGAAAAGCAACCAUUCCCAAAAAAGUUUCCUUUCUCUGAAUUUGUGCCAAAAGUUUACAAUCAAAUUAAAGAAUUUAUCUACGCCUGUCUGAAGUUUUCAGAAGAUCUUCAUCUAAGCUCCACUGAAGUUGAUGACAUGAUUCGUAAAUCUACAAACCUUUUGCUUACUAGGACUCUGAGCAACUCUCUGCAGAAUGUCAUUAAAAGGAAGAAUAUUGGGCUUACUGAGCUUGUUCAGAUUAUUAUCAAUACAACACAUUUGGAGAAAUCCUGUAAAUAUUUGGAAGAAUUCAUCACCAAUAUCACUAAUGUGCUUCCAGAAACAGUUCAUACCACUAAACUGUAUGGCACUACAACUUUUAAGGAUGCUAGGCAUGCAGCUGAAGAGGAGAUUUAUACAAAUUUAAACCAGAAGAUUGAUCAGUUUCUCCAGCUGGCAGACUAUGACUGGAUGACGGGAGAUUUGGACAACAAAGCUAGUGAUUACCUGAUAGACCUCAUUGCCUUUCUGCGUAGCACAUUUGCUGUGUUCACACACCUUCCUGGAAAGGUGGCUCAGACAGCAUGUAUGUCAGCUUGCAAGCAUUUAGCCACAUCUUUGAUGCAACUUUUACUGGAGGCUGAAGUAAGGCAGCUCACCUUAGGAGCUUUACAACAGUUCAACCUGGAUGUCAGAGAAUGUGAAAAGUUUGCCAGAUCCGGCCCGGUGCCUGGGUUCCAGGAGGACACGCUGCAGUUGGCCUUCAUCGACUUGAGACAACUUUUGGAUCUCUUCAUCCAGUGGGACUGGUCAACUUACCUUGCUGAUUAUGGCCAGCCCAACUGCAAGUACCUACGGGUAAACCCAGUAACAGCUCUGACCCUGCUUGAGAAGAUAUCUAGAGAGAUGAAGGAUACUAGCCGCAAAAACAACAUGUUUGCACAGUUUCGGAAAAAUGAGCGAGACAAGCAAAAAUUGAUUGACACUGUGGCCAAGCAGCUCCGAGGACUCAUCAGCAGCCACCACUCAUGAAUGCUGGCCUCAGCCUACAGAGGCUACUUCCUGCAGCUCUAUGGUCUAGGAUCCAGCUCAAGCUGGCACUGCAUUUGUGCAUUCUUCUUCAAAGAGAGCAUAUGUAUUUUUUUAUUAACCCUGUACAGUAUUCACAUAAUCUUUCCCUAGUAAAAGAGAUACAGGAUAAGCAAGUACAUAAGAUGUUGCUAGAUGGGGACUUGGGAGGUUAUUACUACACUGUCUGUAUUAUCCUACAAAGGGUGGUGUCAUCAUUCUUAAUAUGAUGAACCACCUCUCAUCCAUGGCUCUACAGUUUAGGUAAUUGGAGCCCCAGAACUACCCAAACAAAGUGGGUGAUUUUUCUGGGCAGUAAGGUGAGUAAGCAAGAGGAUAAUAAAGUAUAUUCUCUUCGCUCCUGAGUGCCCAGUCACCACAUAGAUGAUGCUGAUCCUUCCUGAUGCAAGGAAAGGGCCUAUCAUUCAUUACUAUUUAAUACACUAAUGACAGUUCUAGAUGUCCAUUUCUCAGUCUGACUGGGGUGAACAGGCAUGGUUUGUGGCAAGGUGACAGCUUCACUUCAGUCCCCCAAGGAUGCAGUUUCUUUAGUCCUAAUCUGACCCAAGGGUUUCACUGCUUAUUUUUCUAUGGCAGGAUAAGCAGCAGUCCCAGGAUUCACUGCAGAUUGCUCUCACAUGAGUGUUGGUUCUCAGCCUAGGGUGUUUUUCUGGGUCUGAAAAGCAAAAAGCUUGAAUUAGAGCCCCAGUCUUUUUACUGUUUACCUUAUUACCUUUUGUUAUGGUUGGAACACUUGGCUCAAAAUUUAGGUCAACGAUUAUUCCGUAGGUACUCACAGAGAGAGUCCCACCUUCGUUCUCCCAGUAGUGCCAUUGAGAUUGGUCAGAUCUCAGAAAUUUAAAAAUAACCCUUACUUUAUUUACCCUUAUGUAAAACCCAAGGACUCCGUGGAGUAUUCAUUUGUGCUUAGAAAUAGCUUUCUGGUCUCCUUAUUUAAAGGAAGUGUCCCCAGCUCUGCACUGUGGAGGCAGCCAUGUCUGGAGUAGGCGUGAAGCUACUGCCACCAUGAAGUAGACAGUGCCAACUAUGGCUAGUAGCAUGUUUCCUCUGGCCCAGUUGCCAUUUUUAAUGGCAAGUUUAAAAUCAGUUAGAGGAACCUAUACUUUCAGACAUUUCAGAAAGAUGCUACUAUAACUACUGGUUAUAGGAACUAUUAGUACAUCACCAAACAAUGACAUAGAAGCCAUGUGGGCAUUUCCAGCUUAGGGUUAGUGGAAGAAGAGAUUCAUCAAGUAGAAUUUUUCAUUACUUUUGUCAGCUCUUGAGUUGCUUCUGAGGAGAGCAGUACUUCCUUUUUCCUUCCCCACCUUCUCCCAUUAUUAUAUCAUGUCUUGAAAAACUAUGGAUAAGAAAAUACACAUAUUGAUGUGCAGCCCUGUUCAAAGCUGGAACAACCAGACUGCGUUGAAAUUCUGCAGAAGCCUGUAACACUUAUCCUACAGGCUAGGCAGUUGGCUCAGGGUUUUCAUAAGCUAAAGGAGGUCAGGGGCCUAUGGGAAUGAGACUCAAGCAAUUCCAAUACCUAUCUUUGUUGGAAAAGGUGAGAAAUGGUUGCACUAAUCUGAAGUCCUAUUAAUUGAGAAAGACCCAAAAUACUAGUACUAGUACUUUGCUAGUACUCAGUUUAUAGUAAGAUCUCUUCAGCUUUGCAUGCUGAGACUUUGAAUAGAGUGGAGUGAAUUUCCAACAUGGAACAGCAUUUGUCUUUCAAGAAAGUCAUCAUUGCUGUUCUACUCACAAACAUCUGUCCUAGAAGAACUGUACUGUAAAAUAAAAGGUGAACAGCAUGGAGAAAUAGGGACUACUCUACACCUUUGACAUGAAGUCCUGCUAAAAGAAAAGCUUAUUCAAGCACAAGACUCAUAAGGAUGGACCUUUUGAUGUAUCUCCUCUUCCUUCUCCAUCUGCCUUUACACCUCCUUAACAAAAGCAGCAUGCUGCUUCUGAGGUAUAUGUAGAGACAUACUCUCAGUGGGCCAGGAAAGGUAAAAACAGGGACCAGCAAUAUCAAGGGGUUUUGAAUUGGUGAAGUGGGAGUUUGUUUUGUUUGCUGGCCUAUAGCUGAGCCAACACUUGUAAGGACUUAUGCAAAGCAUGUGUGCUCAUACCCCUCACACUCCUCAAAUUUAGCCUCACAUGCCUACAUAUAUACUAGUGACCUGAUGACAGACUUUAGGAAGAAGGCAAAAACAUGGGUGGUUAGAAGCCUUCUACCUUCUGGUUACUGUGAGCCUUUGUCCACAUUCCUGGGAAACCCAGGCAUAUGUUCCUGAAGAGAAUCUGAUUUGAGACCGUAGUGGGUUUCAGUAGUGAUAUAGACAGCUUGCUUAGUUUUAACACUCAUAAUGAAGUCUCUGAGCAGACUGGAUGACACUAUUGCAAGUGGGGAAGAACAACAAGGACCUGGAAUUAGAACCAGCAAAGUCACUGUUGGCAUAGGGAAUGUACAGCUCCUAGGGAGUACUCCUGGUGAUUUCAUUGCAUCCCAGGUCAAACAGUCUCCCUGUCCUCAAAGUUAUCUAGCUUUGCUGCAUACUUGACAAGUACUUGCUUAUCAAGUCCCAGACCCAGGAAAGAUUGGCAUUGGCCAUGACCUUCCCCCUCAGGUCUCUGAACACACUGUCUAGGGACUACUUCAGAAAUCCCCCUACCUAAAUCUGUCUUCUCCAAGGACUCUUCUGACUGCUUCAGUUGCCUCUUUUUUGUCUCUCUUUUCUUUUUUUCUAUUUGUUUUUCCAUUCUUUAUAUUCCCUUCCUUCUUCCUUUUGUUUCCUCUUUCCUUUCUUUUUUCCUUUCUUUGCUUGCAUUUACAAUGACUUUUCACUAUAUGUUUGAAAUUGUCCUUUUAUUUUGCACAAGUAGAUAUACAUUUAUGGGGAAGUUUUAGUGAAGUCCAUUUUUAACUCUAAAGGGAACUUUUUUUUUCUCUAAAAAUCACUAGUAAAGCUACUGAUAAGUGGGCCAUAUGGUUAGGAGAAAGUGCCUCUGUGGAAAGAGCAUGUUUAUUCCUCUUGUACAUUUUCUUCUUUUAAUUGCUAUUAAACGAGAGAGCCUACAUACCUGUUUUAAAAGCCACAGCACUGUCUCAUGGGUUUUUUGUUCUUCCAUCACUUUUGCACAGUGUAGGUGUGGUUGGUGAUAGACACCCCAAUGGCAGACACUGUAUUCCCACUCAGCUGGACUGAGGAGUAGAGUAGGCAGGAGCCUGGUGUAGUAGAGAAAGGCUAUCUGCUACAUAAGACAAGAAGCUGUGUUGUGGCCUUGGAAAUCUCCCUAACCACUGGGUUAGGUUUCCCAUCUAUUCAGCUACAACUGGGAUCAUCAUCAAGAGGAAUAACUUGAAAUGUCUAAUUUUUGAAAAAUCCUAAGCUAGACAGUGUGGGGGUCCAAUGAGUUUUGAACACCAGCCCUGCUUAGAAAGACUCCCCCCAGCCUGGAGAAGGAGGAGAGAUGAGCCUAUUUGAGAGCUCAAUGGAAGAGAGCAACCGGUAUCUUGACUAGUGUAAAAAAGGAUCUGACUGUCAGGGAUUUAGCUUAGUGGCACCAUGCUUGCCUGGCAAGCACAAGGUCCUGAUUUCAAUCCCCAGUACCAGAAAAUAAAUAAAAGGAUCUGAUUAGGGAAGAUAGCACAAAGAAUGCAAAAUGUCAACUAGCUCACCCUUGAAUUAAUUCAAUUCAAACUUGUGUAAGCUAUGGGAGCAUUUAAGUUCUAGACUACAUUAGAGUGCAAAAUUGGCAGAAGCCUGAUAUGUGCUGGGAAGAUAAUCUGCUAGGCACAUUUGGAACCAUGGUGUGUAAGGACCAGAAUGUCAGUGUAGAAGUUCACAACAUACUUACCUCUUAGGCUGGAAGGUAAGCCUUGAAAAGAGGCUGGGAAGAAUAUCUUCAGUAAUACCUUGCUUUGAUGGGCAUUGACACCUGAGAGACCUGAAUUUCUAUACCCACAGCACCACUAACUAGCUGGAUGAUCUUGAACAAAUUCGCCAACUCCCUAAAUCUUAUAAUACCAGUGAAAUCCGAAUGAUGGGCCCUAGUUUUCAGUGAUGUUGUGACAUGUGAGCCAUGGAAAGCUGAAAUGCUGAGCCAUCGCACAUGCACAAUCUAAGGCCUCUGCCCUUCUCUCCAAUUCCAUAACAUGUCUCUUGGCCGAACAUUGGACAAGUGUGCCCAAAGCUGCUCUGCCUCCUGGUUUCCUCUCCUGAGCCCACACAGGGUUGGUGGUAAUGAUGCCCUUCAUGCACCUGUACAGGAAGCAGGAACUUUUCAGAUCAGACCUCCAGCUAUCUAGCUUAAUGUAAAACUAGUCCUUCAACUGGAAUUUGUCCCUCAUCACCCCUAGAACCUUCUCUUCUUUCACUUUGGUGCCAAAACAUAUACUUCCUUCUAGAACUUAGGAGUUCUUCACCAGGGACCCCCCAAACCUUGAAGUGUCUGUGUGUGGCUGUAUGUAUGGGCUUUCACCUACCCAUGUUUACUGGAAGAAAAUGUGUGGCUUUCAUUAAUGUCUAAGAAAGAUUCAUGUCUAAAAUACCAUGAAUAAUAAACAAAUCCCUUUGGAAAUGUUGCCCUAUCCAUGAGAGAAAGCCAGAAGUUCUGAGCAGCAGCCUCCUCUCCCUGCUUCCUACAGCUCCGGCAGGUUUCCACAACCUGCCACUCUACCAUCCACCCCCGGUCACAUCUAAAGAUGAGUAAAACCACUUCUUGCUUUUUCUGGCCACAAUGGCUUGUGGUACUGAGAGGGAAUUCAGAGGCCUACAGUUGAUUAGGGAGAUGACAGACAAGAAGGCCAUUACAGAGGCUUGGCCAUCAUAGUCCAGCGAACCUGACUCAUCAUAACAUUUUCCACAACCUCUGGGUGCUGACUGUUACAGCUUUGGGCCUAAGGCUUUAUCCAGGAGGGCUCACCAGUAGGGAAUGCUUGGUGGCAGUGGGUUAAAAUAAAAACCAAGGGCAAGUUGUGAAGCAUUUACCAGCUUCCCCUUUCUCACAGCUGGUCAAGCUGAUGAGGAUGGGGAAGAGGGGGAGGGAAAGUGCCAGACUCUGUCCCCAGAGGCCUCAUUUUGAAUUUAAUGGGCAGCAUUUGUGGGGAAUGAAAGAGGCUUCAAGCCCAAGGGACCAUGAGACAAAGGCUCUUGAGGAAGUGCAAGGAGGAGGAGGGCCCAGGCAUUGUGUGUGAGAGCUCUCCCUCUAUCUGUUUCAUCGCUGUUGGGGUUAGGGUUACCCUGCAUUUGGGGCCCCAGCUGCUUUGUGGGGUCUGUGACAUCAGCCCUUGUGAUGAUAAUGGAUGGGCCUCUCACACAGGAGGCACCUCUUCUUUGCUAACCCAUACCAGCUUCCAGAGAGGAUUGAAGCUCUUGUUCCCUUAGGGUGGGGGCAAGCUGUGGGCCCAGAAUUGGACCCAAGACAACAGUGCCCCUCCCAGACUGAACCCACUGUUCAGUGUACCUUCCAAGCCCAAGCUAUGACCUUCCUCUCUCCAAAGCUCCAGAAAAGGAAAGGAAUCUGAACAUUGAGAUGCUUUUCUGGCCCUAAACAAUCCUCCCAUUCUCUAGGCUCAAUGAUGGGUCUAUUCCCUCCUGUAAAUGGGUCUCGUAAUCUUCAACUUUUACCUUUGCUUCUAAGGGUAAUUAAUUGGAUCUCUCUCUUGUUCUCCCCACACACUCCCCUCUCUGUUACAAGGCUCAGGUUAAGCUGGCUCUUUUUCUAUUCUAUGGGGUGCUUAUUUUUAAAGCUGGUGGACUAAAGCCCUUCCCUCCCCUUCUCCAGAGAAGCCCACUAGGGGAAAUGACUUCCACAGACACCGGAAAGGGGCUCAUGACUAUGACAGCUAGAGGCUUUUCAGAUUAUCAGUUCUAAGUGACUACGACACUGUGUUCCCCGAGUGUGUUUCCAAAGGUUUAGAGAAAAAAUAGUUUGCAGUCAGCACUCAAGAGCAAAGUGGAGGGUUAAGUGUGCUUUGGACAGUAGACAGAUGUAAAGAUGGCUUGGGGACAUGGGACAAAGUAAGACCGAGAGAUCAAUCUUUUUUAUUUAUUUAUUUUUUGACCAAAGUAAAGAAAAGCAGUAAGGCCUUAGGUCCAUGGCAAUAAGGUAAGAAAGGUGAGAAUAUAGCCCAGUCAGGCAUGUAGGGGCAGCUGAACCCAGGGCUGCCAGGAAGAUGAGUCAGGCAGGCAUGAAGCCAAACUCCA